UUCAUUAUUAAAGGAAAGAAAACUGUUGAACACUUUUUUAGGAUUACAACAGAAUGCGUUCAUUUUGCAAAAGAUUAAAUCUUUUUGUGCUCAUGUCUCUCGAGUAAAAACUUAUUAUUUUAUGGAACAAUAGUAUUCAUACAGAUGCAGAUGCGGUUGCCUCUUUGGUGCUUCUGAUAAUUUAAAAAAUAUUCUAUUAGAAAUACCUUUAUGUGCAAAAACGAGCGGUCAAUUUGUUAUUUACAUUUUAUGGGAGAGGUCAUCAAAUAAGUUAUUUGACAUUCAAAUCUAUUCAAGAACUGUACGGUUUUAAAGAUUAGUUAAAAAUAAUGAACUGUGUACUGGUAUUCUUUUGCCUUUGUUCUAUUUGCACUGCUGUGAUUGUAUGGAAAAAAGAUUGUAGACCUGACCAACAUUCUUUUUCCAUUGAAAGCAAGUUUAUCCAGGAUGGAAAUUCCUCUAACAAUUUUACAGAAUUAAACGAAAAACAAAGGAAUCUACAAAACUAUACUUUGGACGAAAAGUGCGAACAAGGAAUGGACAUAGGAAUUGGGUUUCAAAUGAUUUCACCAUACUCAAACUUUGGUGAUAAUGGUGAUUACUAUUGUCUUCAUGGAAUGUUCCCUCAUAUUGCAAUUGAAAUAAUGAAACAUUGCUGUCAAUCAAGUAAAAUUACAUAUGGUCAUUUUUUUGUUAGCAUGUUAGAAAUUGAAGAGCAUUUUUCAAAAGACCGCCAUAUUGAUAUAUCUUUCCCAAUAUACGGUUUGGAAGGAAAACAAUCACAGCAAUAUAAAGAUUUUCCUUUUAUCCCAGUAGUUACGUCACCAAGGAUUGUUUUGGUUGUUCCUGAUCAGCUAUUUACUGAAAGAAACACAAGGACACAGGUUCUAAUGAACACUGUGUUUAAUGCAUGGCCCAUGUUAGUUUUUAUAAUUGCUUCUGCUUGUUUAGCUGGUCUUACGGUGUGGUUGUUGGAUAAAAAACAUAAUUCCAGCGAGUUUCCUCCUACGUUUUUUGCAGGAGCCUGGGAAGGUAUUUGGUGGGCAUUUGUAACUAUGACAACUGUGGGUUAUGGUGACCGCUCUCCAAAAUCAACAUGUGCUCGAGCAUUUUGCAUAAUUUGGAUUUUAAUGGGAAUUAUGCUAAUCUCACUGUUUACUGGUCUCGUAUCAGCAGCUUUAUUAGCCAGCGCGACACCAGUUUUCAACGUGGCUGGUGCAUCAAUAGGAGCUUUAAUUGGAAGUAUUGAAUAUGAAAUCGGAGUUGGAAUGAAUGCACAUAUGAUUGCAUAUAAUCACACAACUGAUUUGUUGAAUGCGUUAAUAAAUAAAAACCCAAAUUUACACGGAGUUCUUCUUGAUAAUUUUAUUCUGAGUGCAAAUCAAGACGUAUUUAAAAAAGUCAAUUUGCGAAUGGAGCGUGAAAUUGAUCACCCAGUUACCUACGGUUUUGUAAUAAAAAAUAAUUCUUCGAAAAUGGAAAAGUGUUUUAGAAAUUACGUAAGAAACUUUCCGCACAAAACAUUUCAAGUUAUUGCUAAGUACUUGGUGCCAAUAUCGAACCCAGUUGACGAAGUUAGAUUGGAAGUUGCAGCGGCGGAAAAACUUUUCUACGAAGAAAGCAUAUUUAGAGCUAUUUUGUGUUCAGAAGUUGGCAUUCUUACUGUUUCGUUACUUCUUGGUGUUGCAUGGGAAAUGUUUGUCAGGAAUAAAAACUCUGCUGCUUAUCGUUUGGUUAGUCGUUUUCAAAAAAAACCUCAAUUCUCUAGCAAUAUGAAUUUGACAACUCACAGUAAUGCUGAAGAAAAUAUGACGGUAGAAAAUAUGACGGUAGAAAGACUUAUUUUGGAAUACGACGAUUUUCAUUUGCAAUGGAUGAGUCAAAUGAGAAACCUUUUAACAAGAAAAAAUGGUCAACAUGCUGUUUAAAUUCAUUUUAUUAAGUAUCAAAAGUGAUUGUUAUAUUGACGUUAAACUUUACUGGCGCAAUAUUGCACGUUAUGUUUAAUACGUUCGCAAUAUUGCACGUUAUGUUUUAAUACGUUCGCAAUAUUGCAACGCUAAUAAAAACUAAAAAAAAAAUUUUAAUAUAUUUUUAAUGAUAUAUA